CACAAACACUCAAGGGUGAACCCUCGAAACUGGAAGCUUCAGGGAGCUCGCUCAAUGGACUUUGAUCUGCUGUCUGGGUUCAUCAAUGGCCAUGACAUUGGCGCAACACAAUUGCUCUCCCACUUACAAGACAGUGGAAGGCUCACCCCUGAACAGAUUGCCGAGAACCCCGGAUUGGAGAGAGGAAAUGUUGGUGCUGGGACCCCAGAUCCUCACCAAAGGGGUGCAGUGAUCACCAAGAUUGAAGACAUCUUCGAGUCCAUUACAGACUGCAUCCUCGAUGAUGGAAAGGAGCUCGUGAUACCGCUAAAAAGCAGAGCCAAAAAGAAGAACGCUGCUAACAAAGACGACUCGACACAAGUCAACAGAAGUUCGAACAGCGAGACGAGAAACAUCACCUUCCCUAGCAAGUCUCCACAAGAAGCAUGGAAGUUCACUGCACUUCUUCGGAUUCUGGAACUCUCCCACGAAGCUCUGGUCGCGGGAAAUGUUACAACGAAAAGGUUGAGCUCCACUUCUUGAGUUGUUGCGUCUUACGGCCUCGCUUGUUAAGCUCGUUAUCAUCAUUACACCUUCUCUCACUCAUCCCGUGCUGACAGUGUGAUAGAGAUAUGUAUUACCGAGAUCCUGAGCUCUUCAUGAGGCAAGCUGUGGUGGACAGAUACGUUGAUGAUGUUGCUUACACGUUUGGAGUGGGCCGAGAUGCGCUGAACGUGGUAGCAGCUGCAAAAGGCUUGGUUGCUGGAUCCUUUUCAGUCAAGAGAAAGGAUAACUCUAUGGUUGAAUACUCCAUCGAGCACGAAGUUGGUAUUAUCUGCCGGAAGGCAUCGGUUACUGGCUGAUUGAAG